AUGGAGAAUCCGGAUGUUGCCGGUGUCCAGGUCUACAAAAGACUGGUGGACAGUCUCCUGGAUCGCGCCGCGCAGGUCAAGCUCGACAAGCAGAUCGAACCUCCAUUGACCGAAGUUCACCUGGGCGAGACUAUCUGGAAACCUUCGCCUGAGGACGAAAAAGCUAUCAAACACCUGAACCCGCAAACCAAGCCUGCGGCUGUCGAAAUCGCGUUCCGUGAGAAGUUCUAUCGCCUCUUGGCUUCUACAUCUAUCGACGAUCCUGCUUUCAUCCAUAUCUGGAACCUUCUCGAUAUUGUCUCGAUAUUCUCCGAUAAUGAACAAUGUGAACCUGGCCUGAUCUUCUGGCUUAUCGAAGAGCUAUUGGAUAGCCAAACGAUCGACGGUUGCCGCAAAGUCUUUGACUACUUGGAGUCUCGAAGAGAGAGGAAUACAAAGAAACACUUCAAACAGAAGAGCCUGAUUAUCCUACGAUCCUGCAACGAACUGCUUCGCCGGCUGUCACGCGCAGAAGAUACGGUAUUCUGUGGCCGGGUGUUCAUCUACCUCUUCCAGAGCUUCCCACUUGGAGACAAAAGCUCAGUCAACCUUCGAGGCGAAUUCCACUCUGAAAAUGUCACUACCUUCGACGAAAUUGCCAAGCAGUUUACGGAAGCAUCUUCGCAAGAAACAACGAUGACUGAGGGGGCUGAAGUUGCGACGCCGGGGGACGCAGAAAUGGGACAGACCGAAAGCCCUUCCGAUCCAACAGCUAGAGUUCCCAAGGUUGUUGUUUCCGGGGGUCACGACAAAAAGUCGAACAGCAAAGAUGAUGUCGACUUGGAUGCGCUCUACCCCGUUUUCUGGAGCCUCCAGGCUUAUUUCUCAGCACCAAGCAAAGUGUUCGACUCUGAACGAUUUGCGUCCUUCAAAGCUGGACUGGAAGCGACGCUAUCUGCGUUCAAGAACAUCAACACGGAGAUUGAAAACCAAAGCGCUGCGCGGGCUUCGGAAGAUGCACGCAAGUCGAACAAGCGCAAGCGCAUUGCUGAUGGUGCCGAAGUCGCUAGCAGCUUUAACCCGAAGUAUCUCACAAGCCGGGAUUUGUUUGACCUUGAAGUCAGUGAUACUGCUUUCAGACGCCAUGUUCUCGUCCAGGCUCUCAUCCUCCUCGACUUUGUCCUUUCUCUCACGUCCAAGUCCAAAUCGCGCCUAGCCGAUGCGACAAACAAAUCAGUUCUCUAUGGCUUUACCCUCAACGAAGAAGACAUGAAGUGGGCAAUGAAUAUGAGGAAGAGCAUCGAAGGAUAUUUGCAGCAAGGUCCCGGUGGCAUGUUCUACUAUCGCAUGGUGAACACCGUUCUGUCUCGAGACAAGAACUGGGUGCGGUGGAAGGCUGAGGGUUGUCCAUUGAUUGAACGACCAGCUAUCUCUGUGGCGGAAUACAAGGACUCCCGCGAGCAUGCCACCAAAGCUUAUGCCAACAAACGUCUUCGUCCCUCGCCGAUGGGAUCUCUUGACCUCAAGUUCCUUGCCGACAGCGAGUCCUUGGCCAACAUUGAACGCCUCAAGAAGCCUGAUCGUUAUGAAGUUCCUACCGCAGACUCGUUCUUGAAGGGAAUUAUGGACGACGAGAUGGACAUUGACAUGGCGAUGACCGAUGAAGAUAAGGAGAUGGCAGUCAACUCUAAGGCCAGCAAAUCAUGGCGGAUUCUUCGGCUCUCUGCGAAAGGUAAACUCGCUGCAUUCGACAAGAUCGAAGACGGAAAUAAACUUCAAGCCUUGUUCGAAAGCCCUGCAACCGAAGGUACUCCACAACACGGUGAAGAGACGAACGAGCCGAGUACUCGUGACGAGCGACCUGAUAAUGCCAAGGAUUCUCUUCAAGGCUUGGAUGGGGCUCAAGAUGCGCCCACUGCGAAGGAGGAUCCGGUUCCCAACGAACAAUCUGACAAGGCCAAGGAAAUGCCUCAGGGCGUGAAUGGAGCUCAAGAUGCAUCCGCAGAGAACCAAGACGUCAUCAGCGAAGCAAAGCAAGACCCGAGCGUUGCAAACAACGAAGAUGCACUUGCCGCCUCUAGCGCCUCAAAGGAAGACCCUGCCACCUAA